ACCCCAUAUGUUUAACUAUGUGGGGUCGAUUCGUGCAAGAUGAAUGCAAAAAAAUCUCGGAAAUGAUUGAGACAAAGCCAAUUAUACUUGGAACCAAAAUAAGAGUUGGUUCUUAUAAUGGAUUAUCUCUAUCAUCACGUCCGAAAAGUAAAUUUAUGAUCAAUCCUGUUAUUCCUGAGGCAACUUCAUUGCAAGAGUGGGCAGCGAUUAAUGAUUUAUUACUCAAGAGUAUUAUUGCAAAAAACUUGACACACCCAUCUGCAUCUCUAUCUUCUGUUGGCAUUCGGGAAAUAAUCAAGAAUUGUGAUGUUGCUGAAUUCAUCAAAAGUUUGCAACCCAUGGCGGUAAAAUCCUAUUCUUAGUAACAGAUUCAAAUAUUUAUACAAUCAAUUCUUCUAAAAAAUUGUCUCUAACUAAUGUGAUGCAGAAAAUAAAAUUUUGGAUAAAGGCGAACAUAAUUGUGGUUGAUUUGCGCCAGAUAUUUUUUUACAUGUCAUGUAUUGGCUGUAAUAAAGGAACUGGAUAUGAUUACAAUGAUACAUUCCUUUGUUACCAUUGCAAACACGAAAGCAUUUCCCAACCACGGUAUGUAUCUUUCAAAUCUUUUAUUUGAUAAUUUAUGUAAUAGAUUUAAUGUAUAGUUUUUAUUGAUUCUAACUUAAAAUGAUAUUUCCAACAAAUUUAUAGCUGCCGAGCAUAUGUUGAACUCGACGAUAAUACAGGAAGACUAUCUGCUGUUAUGUUUGGUGAAGUUGUAGAAGAAGCAUUCGGUUGUUCAGCAGUUGAGCUUAUGAAUCAUACUGGAGAUGUACAUCUUCUUAUUUUCCAUUCGCUUUAUUGUUGCGAGUAAAAAAAUCUAUCUCAAAAUUUUUAACAUAUUUAAUACA